UUUGCCAUAGGUGUUUUUUCUAACUUUUUUGAGAAUGUGAUUUAGUAUCAGGAAAGACAAAUGUACUCAAUGAAGGAAAACACCUGUUGUACAAAGGAGUCCAAACACAUGUACACAAUCUACUACUUUAAAUCAGCCUCACGCACAGCGAUAGCGUGCGUUUUGCGUGAGCGCCAUGGCAACAGGAUGGUGACGUUUCAAUGAGGUCACGUGAGCGCUGCUGCCCUUUCUGAAUUCACUUCUGCUGUUGAACUUGAUGAAUGUAGCUGUUUUGAACGAGUUGAACAGUCUGAGGCCCGAUAUUGUGCGAAACUACUUGCGAAUAAGAAUUGUUGGAGAACCGAGUGUUACACUAACGAGUGUUACGCGGAGGAGGCGAAGUCUUCCAGUGGACCCUCUGCCAUGGAGCCCCUGCUGAGCAGAGUCAGACAGUGGAUCCUUGCCUUUGGACUUUGGCCCCAGUUCGCUGACCGCCCUGUCGUGGAGAGGCCUCUCGACGACGUGGUCCUUCCGGAUUACGAGGAGGAGGUUGAGGCCGUGCCCCCCAGCGGGGACGGUCAGCAGGUUCCUCUUCCUUCUCCCUACGCUGCUCCCGUUGCUCCUCCCUACGCUGCUCCCUUUGCUCCUCCCUACGCUGUUCCCUUUGCCCCUCCCUACCCUGCUCCCUAUGCUCCUCCCUACGCUGUUCCCUUUGCCCCUCCCUACCCUGCUCCCUAUGCUCCUCCCUACCCUGCUCCCUUUGCUCCUCCCUACGCUGUUCCCUUUGCCCCUCCCUACGCUGUUCCCUUUGCUCCUCGCUACCCUGCUCCCUUUGCUCCUCCCUUUGCUCCUCCCUUUGCUCCUCCCUACCCUGCUCCCUACCCUGCUCCCUUUGCGCCUCCCUUUGCGCCUCCCUUUGCGCCUCCCUUUGCUCCUCCCUUUGCUCCUCCCUAUGCUUAUCCUUUUGCUGCUAUUGCUGACCUUCACGCUGACCCCCAUGCUGGCGGUAAUGUUCUUCACGCUCACCCUCACUAUCCUCCUGCUGUCUUUCACGCUGACCUCUGUAAUGAUGAUGGUGAUGAUGACAAUGAUGAUGCUGGUGAUGAUGAUGAUGAUAUGAACAAUGAAAUUGACCGUAUGCUUCAAAGGUACAGGUUAGGGCUACCCAAUGAGGAGGAGGUCUUUGAUGGCGAGGGUGAGUUUCCAUUUCUGGUCCCUGUGCUGGACAUUGAAGACAUUGGCCCAGUGCCCCCAGAAGAUUCUUUUGAUGAGCUCCUGGAUGCAGAUGUUCUUGAAUCUCCUUCUGGCCUCGACUUCUCCACAAAACGACCCAGGGAAGAGAGCGACGGGGAGGAGUCUGCUGCGAAGAGGGCGCGGUGAUCUGAAGACAGCGACUCGGAAUUGAUAAUCCUCUGCGAAGCUUUGGAGCAACCACUGAGUCCACUUGCAGCAGGAACAGUGGUUGCCAUGGUAGCCUUUGCAUCUGGCAGGGCGAGUGUCCCCCAUGAAGCGUCUUGCACUGGGGCUUCUCUGUAGUAGUACUUCUUCAUCUUUGCACGGUGGAUCGAUCAACUUCUUUCAUCCUGAGGGCCGGCCUUUGGGACUGGCAGAGGCGUUGACACCCCGAGCAAGUAGCCUUUGCAUCUGGCAGGGCUGAAGAAGACAAAAAUGCUUUCAUACACCCUACCCCCCCCCCUCCCCCCCCCGCAUUCCUUUACAGGUCAAGAGUGAAGAAAUCAGUGAAAACUGAUGACAAUAAUGACAACAGGGUAAGUUGAACUUGCAACGUUAGAAAGGCCUUUACUGGUCAAGAGUGAAGAUAUCAGUGGAAACUGAUGACAACAGAGUAAGUUGAACUCGCAAGGUUAGAAAGGCCUUUAUAUGGCCAAAAAUAUAGGAGAUACAGUUCAUAAUAUUUAACAAUUUCAUACCAUACUAAUGUUUUU